AUGGGAGGAUCAAAAUCUGCUGCAAAACAAAUUCAGAAAUUAUACGAAUUUUUUAUUAAAGUGGAUGCUACACAAAUAGAAAUUAAUCCGUUUGCACAAAUUGAGGAUGGGAGAGUUUAUUGUAUUGAUGCCAAAUUAAUAUUUGAUGAUAAUGCCGCUUUUAGACAAAAAAAUAUUUUUGAGUUGAAUACAUGUGAAGAAAUGAAUGAGAUUUUGGCCAAAAGAUUUGGUUUAAGUUAUAUUCCAAUGGAUGGAAAUAUUGCUUGCAUGGAUGUUGGAGGAAGUGCCACAGUGGAACAAGUUUCAAAUGCUUUUAAAAUUGUUGCUUCUUCCAACGAUCAAAAAAUCAAAGCUAUUUUUGUCAAUAUAUUUGCUGGAAUUUUGAGAUGUGAUAUUAUUGCUGAAGGAGUUAUUGCUGCUUGUAAUGAACUUGAAAGUAAUAUACCUGUUGUUUUGAGGUUUUUAUUUUGA